ACAGUAUGGUGCUUGAGGUAGUCCAGCUCAAUUGCACCAGUCUUAAAAGACAAAAUCUUUAAGCUUUAGUUCAGUAGGGUACGGUGUAGAUUUCUCUGGGGCCAGCUGCUUGCUUGUUUGUCCAUGUGAAAGCCACUCUCGCUCUUUUAUUUUUAUUUCUCCCUUUCCUCCUUUUUAUCUCCUUCAUACACAUUUCCCUCCUCCCUUCGCCAUCCUCAUUCACAUCUUACUCUCCGCGCCCUGUAGUACUUUUUGGGUUCUACGGUUUAAAACGUAUCUGAGUUUCAGUGAAGGACCAGAGAGUUACGAAAGAAUAUCUGCAUCUGCAUCCAUCAACAUCUUUUCCAAGCCUGCGAAGCUCCAUUUUUCAUUCAGCACCAGGGCUGGAACAUAACUUCUAGAGAUCAUCUAUUGCUGUAUAAGUUUUAACAAUGGCAGCCCCAAAACUUGAAGACAUCAGCCAUCCUCCAACAGAGCAACUGCAAGGGCUUGAUUACUGUAUCGAUUCCAACCCACCAUGGGCGGAGGCUGUUAUCCUGGCAUUCCAGCAUUACAUUCUUAUGCUAGGAACUACUGUGAUGAUUCCCACUCUUCUGGUUCCUUUGAUGGGUGGCAGUAAUUAUGAUAAAGCACGGGUAAUACAGACAUUAUUAUUUGUUUCUGGCCUGAACACACUACUACAGUCAUUGUUUGGAACUCGUUUGCCUACAGUUGUUGGUGGGUCAUUUUCUUUUGUGAUACCUAUACUGUCAAUAAUCACAGAUCCAUCGUUACAGGACAUUGAGGAACCACAGAGGUUUGAACAUACCAUGCGUGCAAUCCAAGGGGCUUUGAUCUCGGCAUCAAGCUUGCAAAUUAUCCUUGGUUAUAGCCAACUUUGGGGCAUCUGUUCCAGGUUUUUCAGCCCCCUUGGUAUGGCUCCUGUUAUUUGCUUGGUUGGCCUUGGCCUAUUUGGGCGGGGUUUUCCACAGGUUGCCAAGUGUGUGGAAAUUGGUCUACCAGCACUUAUUGUAUUCAUCGCCUUCGCUCUGUAUUUGAGGUAUAUGCGUGUAAAAGAUCUGCUAGUUUUUGAACGUUUUGGAGUGCUUUUAUGUGUGGCCCUUUUUUGGGCAUAUGCACAUCUAUUGACUGCGAGUGGAGCUUACAAGCACAGUUCUGAUUUAACAAAAGUCCAUUGCCGUACUGAUCAAUCGCACCUAUUAUCAUCCACUCCCUGGGUGAAAUUUCCCUACCCACUUCAAUGGGGAGCCCCUACCUUUAAUGCUGGCCAUACAUUUGGAAUGAUGGCUCCAGUUUUAGUUUCCAUGAUUGAGUCAACUGCAGCAUACUUGGCUGCAUCCAGGCUUGCUAGUGCGACACCUCCUCCAGCAUAUGUUCUUAGUCGUGGCAUUGGUUGGCAGGGCAUUGGGAUACUCCUGGAUGGUCUUUUUGGAACAGGAACUGGUUCAACAGUUUCAGUUGAGAAUGUUGGACUUCUUGGGGUAACUCGAGUUGGUAGCCGCCGUGUGGUGCAGAUUUCUGCAGGGUUCAUGAUAUUCUUUUCAAUCUUAGGAAAAUUUGGAGCCCUCUUUGCAUCAAUACCUUUCCCAAUUUUUGCAGCAUUGUAUUGUGUUCUAUUUGGGCUAGUUGCGGCAAUUGGUCUUUCCUUUUUACAGUUCACAAACAUGAACUCUCUGCGCAACCUGUUCAUUACUGGAGUUUCUUUGUUCCUUGGACUGUCCAUCUCUCAGUACUUUAAUGAAUUUGAUACGGCACAAAAAGCCAAGUUGGCUAUUUCUCAAGGCCUGAUGGUAUCUUCUUCUAAAGUUCCUUAUCCUUUCCAUGGACCUGUUCAUACAGGGGCUAGAUGGUUCAAUGAUUUUCUAAACACAGUUUUCACUUCAGCACCGACCAUUGCACUAAUAAUUGCAGUAUUCCUAGACAAUACACUACAAGUUCACAGAGCAAAGAAGGAUAGAGGAAUGCCUUGGUGGGUUAAAUUCCGAACAUUCAAAGGGGAUAGCCGUAAUGAGGAGUUCUACACACUUCCAUUCAAUCUCAAUACGUUCUUCCCUCCUACAUGAAAAUAUUUAUGAUCUUUUAUAAAUGUGAGUGUACAGAGGAAACUGGAAGAUUUCAUCUCAAACAUGUGAGUGGAUUUGAAGUUGAUAUGAAUUCUGGUAGCUCAUUGAUCAGUGCUUGUGCUGUUGGCAAUUAAAAUGCAUCUUUUCUCAAUUGCAUUUGCCACAAUCAUUGUUCUAAUGAGAUGGGCUUUGAUUGCCUCUUGAUUGUUUUGUUCAUCAAACUUAUCAUCCAUUUUUGAUCAAAAUGAAUAUCUGAUUAAAAAGUGA